AAUCCAUGACAGUUCGAUGAGAGCGCUUUCGAUUAGUCCGGCCUGGCCAGAGUCAAUCCGUGUUGUUUCUGUUUUCGGGAACUGUGAGAGUCAACAGGCUCAGAAAGAAGAAAAAGGAGAGAAAAAGCUUCGACAAGGACAAACACCCGGGCACUUAUCCGCUUUAAAAGCUCGAAGCACGGAUCCUCAAGCACAGCAGGCCUGGACGGACAUCACCCCCUCAGCCCGGAACAGAUGCUGAAAAAGGAAAAGAAGUGAAUGGCACUGAAAACUCAAGGCUCUGAGACAACUGGAGCAGCGUAAUGACUAGCAGGCAGGGUGGCCAUGUUGAUCGAACUCCGCUCCCGGCCUUCAGGCCAUCCUCUGCUUCUAAACUGCAUGUGCAGCGUUCCCAGUCCCGAGAGACCAUCACCAUCCAUUUCUCUGCACUGGGCAAGGAGGAAGAAGACGAUGAAGAAGAGCUAUAUGGAGCGGGCACCUCAGACUCACCCAGUGAAGCAAUGGCAAAUAGUCAAGGAAUUGUAACAGCUUUGGAAGCAAGUGAAGACCUUGUUCUUGAGGGAGAAUCUGAAGCAAAAUCUGUUAAUAAUGUUGCUGUACUUCCCGUUGAGACCAGUGUGCUUUCAACCAUGUCUGGUCAACAAAACACUAACAGCCUGGAUCACAAUUUCACUGCUACUGCUUCAGCCCUUGCUGAGGCUAAGAAGGGGCCUGGACCCUCAUCUGGUUCCACCACUUCUUCCCCUUCAAAAUCUGUAUCCCUUCCCUCAAUGGACAAGGCCUUUCUUAACCUCAUGAAGUCUCUGUCUACAGAUGUGGAACCUCGGGAAGGCAUCCCUGCACCUUCCUUACGCCAUCGGCAACUUGUCAAGAAUCUGGUUAAGUCGUUGUCCACGGACACUGCCCAGGAUCCUGCAGGAUCCAGCCGCUCUUCAGAUUCCCGCCUCAACCUACAGAUGUUCAAGCAGUUCACUCAACCUCGGACCACCACCACCACAACUGCGGGAGAUUCCAAAACUGCCCCAUCUUCUCCGUUAACCUCACCUGACAACCGGCCCUUCUCUUUCAAGGUUUCAGAGGUUGAGGCACGCAUCGAGGAUACCAAGCGGCGUCUUUCAGAAGUAAUUUCUGAUCCUUUGCAGUUGAUCAGCAAGUUCAUCGGAGACGAGGCUUCCAACAUCUACAGGCCUAAACCCCUUUCUUCCAGUGCCUCAGAGUCAGCAAAUCUCUCUGCCCUAAAUGGUCAUUUGGAGAGUAACAACAACUACAGCAUCAAGGAAGAGGAAGGCGAUCUGGAAGGCGAUUGCACAACCCAAGGUGCAACUGAGCAGGUCUCAGCUGUUGAAAGCAAGACUGUCAAACCUUCUCCAUCGUCUUUGGGAUUGGACAUGUGCUCCAUGUCAGCACUGGCCAAGCAAGAGGAUGAAGAGUUCUGUGAGCUUUAUAGUGAAGACUUUGAACUUUGUCCGGAAACAGAGUUGGAAGUUGACCAUACUGAGGACUCUAAAUUUAGAAGUAGUGUUUGCGUGCCUGCUAGUCAGAGCAUGAACACUUUUGGAGAGGAUGAGGUGGACUUUGAAACCGCACCUAGUAUUCCACACAAGACUUUGUUUGCUCUGACAGUCCUUGUCUACGGAUACUUUGUUCUACCUUUGCCCACCUACUUUGGUGGAAUGCUGCUGGGUGUAGCAUUAGGGUUCAUGCUCGCCAUUGGUGUAGUGUGGCUAACAGGCCCAAAGAGAGCUGGAAUUACAGCUAGAUUUGCAAGACACCAGAGGCAGCUAUGUAACUUAGAGCAUUUGGAUAUCAAAGAGCCAGGAAUAUUUAAGGGUUGGAUGAAUGAGAUUUAUAACUAUGACCCUGAGACGUACCACGCAACCCUGACUCACUCGGUGUUUGUGCGCUUGGACGGCUCGACUCUGCGAAUCUCCAAACCCAAUAAAAACAUCACCCGCCGGGCGAGCUACAACGAGCCCAAAUGGGACGCCACCUACAUCAGCCAGAAAAUCUACGAUCUGACAGACAGCAAGGUUUCCCUGGUGCCCCCGGGUCUUGCCAGAAAACGUGUGUGGAACAAAAAGUACCCUAUAUGCAUCGAGCUGGCAAAGCAGGAUGACUUCAUGUCCAAAGCAGAAGGAGACAGAGCUUCUGAAGAGAAGGAAAAUGCAGACAUCACUGUAGAGCCCAGAAGGGCCUCCUCUAUGAACUCACAGGACGGCGGCAGAGCAGGUUUGGACAGAGAGCCGCCCACUGUGUACCUCUUUGGAAGAACAGGAAGAGAGAAGGAAGAGUGGUUCCGAAGAAUUCUGCUAGCCUCAAAACUUAAAUCCGAAACAGCCAAGAAGACAGCAAGCCUGCCUGUUAGCAGGAGCGCUCCGGUGCUGUCCCACAGCCGCAGCAGCAGCAGGAGCAGUCUGGAUGAGCUACUGUCCUCUCAGGCUUCUAAAAGAGAGACUUGUGGGAGUGCCAAACUAAAGCCUCUGCUGGAGUACAGCACCUACAUGGCCAACUACAUUAACUCCUCUGCAGCAUGUAGCCGGGCUGCCAGCCCGGGAGAGAGCCCUCAAAGCAGCCCUGGGGUGGCCAAAAAGUUGCCAAACGACCCAGUAAAAGAGGAGGGACCUGUUUGCUGGGUAAAUGCUCUGAUUGGUCGGAUUGCGUGGGAUUUCCUCAGAGAGCAGCACUGGGCUGACUGGGUGUCCAAGAAGAUCCAGAUGAAGCUUAGUAAAAUCAGGUUGCCUUACUUCAUGAACGAGCUGACUCUGACGGAGCUGGACAUGGGUGUGUGCACUCCCAGAAUCCUCUGGGCCUCUCAGCCCUCGGUGGACCAUCAAGGGCUGUGGUUUGAUUUGGAGAUUUCUUAUAAGGGGUCGUUUCUCAUGACUCUGGAAACAAAGAUGAACCUGUCCCGUCUGGGAAAGGAGGGAGAGGGUCUUGGAGAGUUCGGAAAAGAGGGGCACAGACCUCGAACGUACUGCCUGGCCGACAGUGAUGAGGAAUCGUCCAGUGCCGGCUCCUCUGAUGAAGACGACGGGACAGAGAACGUAACUGAUAAAAACCUGCCCCCGGGAGCAGAGGGAUACACUGGAGUCCACAGACCGAGCAAGAUCAUGAGAUUCGUGGACAAGAUAACCAAGAACAAGUACUUCCAGAAGGCAGCGGAGACAGAGUUCAUCAAAAAGAAGAUGGAGGAGGUGUCUAACACACCUCUCCUGCUCACCGUAGAGCUUCAGGAGUGCAAAGGAACGCUGGCCGUCAACAUCCCCCCUCCCCCCACUGACAGGAUAUGGUAUGGCUUCCGCAGUCCACCCCUGUUGGAGCUGAAGGCACGUCCCAAACUGGGAGAGAGAGAAGUGACUCUUGCACAUGUAACAGACUGGAUAGAAAAGAAACUGGAGCAGGAGUUCCAGAAAAUCCUUGUGAUGCCAAACAUGGAUGACGUGUGGCUCCACAUCAUGCAUUCCGCCAUGGACCCUCGGUCCGACACGACACUAACGGACAGCAAGGGGGGCGCGAAUACCCCUGAGCCUGACGUUCCUCUUUCUGAGGGUCUGUGAGGGGCUGGACAAGUCCCAGCAGGUGGCCAAACAGAGAGCUAAUAUUGGUGGGUAAUAGGAAGCAGUUUGCUCCUCACAUCCACGCUAGGGGCCAUUGGUGUCUCCUUCCUGCCUUUGAGGAGAACAAAGAAGACACAAAAACUUUGCUGCUUUAAUUACUUUAUCAGUGAAGGGUGUGAUGAUGAAGAGGUUAAUUCCUGUGGGAG